GGCUCCACAGAAAGCUCCAAGCACUGAUCAGCUGCCAGCCCAGAAGCCACACAUCUGGUGUCACGAGAGUGUUCUCUGCAGACAAGCCCCUCCAUAAAGUGCAGCCAUGUCUUCGGACGCUGAGAUGGCCAUCUUUGGGGAGGCGGCUCCUUACCUCCGAAAGUCAGAGAAGGAGAGAAUUGAGGCCCAGAACAAACCUUUUGAUGCCAAGUCAUCUGUCUUCGUGGUUCAUGCAAAGGAAUCCUUUGUGAAAGGGACAAUCACGAGCAGGGAAACGGGCAAAGUCACUGUCAAGACUGAAGGGGGAGAGACUCUGACGGUGAAGGAUGACCAAAUCUUCUCCAUGAACCCUCCCAAGUAUGACAAAAUCGAGGACAUGGCCAUGAUGACCCACCUGCACGAACCCGCUGUGCUGUACAACCUCAAAGAGCGUUACGCAGCCUGGAUGAUCUACACCUACUCGGGUCUCUUCUGCGUCACCGUCAACCCCUACAAGUGGCUGCCGGUGUACAACCCCGAGGUGGUGUUGGCCUACCGAGGCAAGAAGCGCCAGGAGGCCCCUCCACACAUCUUCUCCAUCUCUGACAACGCCUAUCAGUUCAUGCUGACUGAUAGGGAGAACCAGUCCAUCCUGAUCACCGGAGAAUCCGGGGCCGGGAAGACUGUGAACACAAAGCGUGUCAUCCAGUACUUUGCAACAAUUGCAGCCAGUGGAGAGAAGAAGAAGGAAGAACAAACAUCGGGCAAAAUGCAGGGAACGCUUGAGGAUCAAAUCAUCAGCGCCAACCCACUGCUGGAGGCCUUUGGAAACGCCAAGACCGUGAGGAACGACAACUCCUCACGCUUUGGCAAAUUCAUCAGAAUCCAUUUUGGUGCCACAGGAAAACUGGCUUCGGCAGAUAUUGAAACAUAUCUGCUGGAGAAGUCCAGAGUCACUUUCCAGCUCAAGGCAGAAAGGAGCUACCACAUCUUUUAUCAGAUCAUGUCCAACAAGAAGCCAGAGCUCAUUGACAUGCUCCUUAUCACCACCAACCCAUAUGACUACCAAUUUGUGAGUCAGGGCGAGAUCACUGUUGCCAGCAUUAAUGACCAGGAGGAGCUGAUGGCUACAGAUAGUGCCAUUGACAUCCUGGGCUUCAGUGCUGAUGAGAAAACAGCCAUCUACAAGCUGACAGGGGCUGUCAUGCACUAUGGGAACCUGAAGUUCAAGCAGAAACAACGAGAGGAGCAGGCAGAGCCUGAUGGCACAGAAGUUGCUGACAAGGCUGCCUACCUGAUGGGUCUGAACUCAGCAGACCUGCUCAAGGCCCUCUGCUACCCCCGAGUCAAGGUGGGGAAUGAAUACGUGACCAAGGGCCAAACUGUGCAGCAGGUAUACAACUCAGUGGGUGCCCUGGCCAAGGCUGUCUAUGAGAAGAUGUUCCUGUGGAUGGUUGUUCGCAUCAACGAACAGCUGGACACAAAGCAGCCCAGGCAGUACUUCAUUGGUGUCCUGGACAUUGCUGGCUUUGAGAUCUUUGAUUUCAACAGCCUGGAGCAGCUGUGCAUCAACUUCACCAAUGAGAAACUGCAACAGUUCUUCAACCACCACAUGUUCGUGCUGGAGCAGGAGGAGUACAAGAAGGAGGGGAUUGAAUGGACAUUCAUUGACUUUGGCAUGGACCUGGCUGCCUGCAUUGAGCUCAUUGAGAAACCCAUGGGCAUUUUCUCCAUCCUGGAAGAGGAGUGCAUGUUCCCCAAGGCAACUGACACCUCUUUCAAGAACAAGCUCUAUGACCAGCACCUGGGAAAAUCCAACAACUUCCAGAAGCCCAAGCCUGCCAAAGGCAAGGCUGAGGCUCACUUCUCCCUGGUGCACUAUGCUGGCACAGUGGAUUACAACAUCACUGGGUGGCUGGAGAAGAACAAGGACCCUCUGAAUGAAACUGUCAUUGGGCUGUACCAGAAAUCAUCUGUAAAGACCCUGGCUUUACUUUUUGCUUCUUAUGGUGGAGGAGAAGCAGAGGCUAGUGGUGGUGGUGGUGGCAAGAAGGGAGGCAAGAAGAAGGGUUCUUCUUUCCAGACUGUCUCAGCUCUUUUCCGGGAGAAUCUCAACAAGCUGAUGACCAACCUGCGGAGCACUCACCCCCACUUUGUGCGCUGCAUCAUCCCCAAUGAGACUAAAACACCUGGUGCCAUGGAGCACGAGCUGGUGCUGCACCAGCUGCGCUGUAACGGCGUGCUGGAAGGGAUCAGGAUCUGCAGGAAAGGGUUCCCCAGCAGAGUCCUCUAUGCUGACUUCAAACAGAGAUACAAGGUGCUUAAUGCCAGUGCCAUCCCUGAGGGACAGUUCAUCGAUAGCAAGAAGGCUUCUGAGAAGCUUCUUAGUUCAAUCGAUGUGGACCACACCCAGUACAAAUUUGGACACACCAAGGUGUUCUUCAAAGCUGGGCUGAUAGGGAUCCUUGAGGAGAUGAGGGAUGAGAAGCUGGCACAGCUCAUCACCCGCACCCAGGCCAGGUGCAGAGGCUUCCUGGCGAGGGUGGAGUACCAGAGAAUGGUGGAGCGCAGGGAAUCCAUCUUCUGUAUUCAGUACAACAUUCGUGCAUUCAUGAAUGUCAAACACUGGCCAUGGAUGAAGCUGUUCUUCAAGAUCAAGCCCUUGUUGAAGAGUGCAGAGUCUGAGAAGGAGAUGGCCAACAUGAAGGAAGAAUUUGAGAAAACCAAGGAAGAGCUUGCGAAGGCUGAGGCAAAGCGGAAGGAGCUUGAAGAGAAAAUGGCCUCUCUGAUGAAGGAGAAAAAUGACCUGCAGCUCCAAGUGCAGGCUGAAGCUGAUGCUUUGGCUGAUGCUGAGGAAAGGUGUGACCAGCUCAUCAAAACCAAAAUCCAGCUGGAAGCCAAAGUCAAGGAGGUGACUGAAAGGGCAGAGGAUGAAGAAGAAAUUAAUGCUGAGCUGACAGCCAAGAAAAGGAAGCUGGAGGAUGAAUGUUCAGAGCUGAAGAAAGAUAUUGAUGACCUUGAGCUAACACUGGCCAAGGUGGAGAAGGAAAAACAUGCCACUGAAAACAAGGUGAAAAACCUCACUGAGGAGAUGGCAGCUUUGGAUGAGACCAUUGUGAAGCUGACAAAGGAGAAGAAAGCCCUCCAAGAGGCCCAUCAGCAGACCCUGGAUGACCUGCAGGCAGAGGAAGACAAAGUCAAUACUCUGACCAAAGCCAAGACCAAGCUGGAACAGCAAGUGGAUGAUCUGGAAGGGUCCCUGGAGCAAGAGAAGAAACUGCGCAUGGACCUGGAGAGAGCGAAGAGAAAACUGGAAGGAGACCUGAAGCUGGCCCAGGACAGCAUCAUGGAUUUGGAGAAUGAUAAACAACAGCUGGAUGAGAAACUGAAGAAGAAAGACUUUGAAAUCAGCCAGAUCCAAAGCAAGAUCGAGGAUGAACAAGCCCUGGGCAUGCAAUUUCAGAAGAAGAUCAAGGAGCUGCAGGCCCGCAUUGAGGAGCUGGAGGAGGAAAUUGAGAACACCAGCCUGAUCAACACCAAGAAGAAGCUGGAAACGGACAUUUCCCAGAUCCAGAGUGAAAUGGAGGAUACCAUCCAGGAAGCCCGCAAUGCUGAGGAGAAGGCCAAGAAGGCCAUCACUGAUGCGGCCAUGAUGGCAGAAGAGCUGAAGAAGGAGCAGGACACCAGUGCCCACCUGGAGAGGAUGAAGAAGAACCUGGACCAGACAGUGAAGGACCUGCAGCACCGUCUGGAUGAGGCCGAGCAGCUGGCACUGAAGGGAGGGAAGAAGCAGAUCCAGAAGCUGGAGGCCAGGGUGCGGGAGCUGGAAGGGGAGGUUGAUGCUGAGCAGAAGCGCAGCGCUGAAGCCGUGAAGGGUGUGCGCAAGUACGAGCGGAGGGUGAAGGAACUCACCUACCAGUCUGAGGAGGACAGGAAGAAUAUUCUCAGGCUGCAGGAUCUGGUGGACAAGCUGCAAAUGAAAGUGAAAUCCUAUAAGAGACAAGCUGAGGAAGCUGAGGAGCUGUCCAAUGUCAACCUGUCCAAGUUCCGCAAGAUCCAGCACGAGCUGGAGGAGGCCGAGGAGCGGGCUGACAUUGCAGAGUCACAGGUCAACAAGCUCCGAGUGAAGAGCCGCGAGUUUCACAGCAAGAAAAUAGCAGAGGAAGAAUGAGGAUGUCAAGAAGCAUCAAAGUGACCUGAGGGCUGCACAAAAUGUGAACCCUCUGUCACUUCUUUCUGCAGUGAGGCUUUAUAAAUUAGUCCAUGUCUAAAGACAAAAACUGUAGAUUCUUUUGCAUGAAAAGCAAUAGUUACGUUUUAGUUCUGCAGUUAUUUAGGUGUUGGUUGUGUUCAAACAAAUAAUAUUCAGGAGUAAACUCCUGAAUUUUCUUGAGUAUGAUUCAGAAACUCUAGUACUCCAACUACAGCAAAUGUAAUAGGCAUGAGAGCAAACAAAAAUUUUUACACUGUACUACAGUGUUUCC